AUGGCGUUCCACGACGUGGAGGCCGGACGAUGUUUCGUAGCUGAGGAUAAGUCGGCCGCGGGUCCAUGGGGUCUCGAGCUAGAAGCCCGUACCAUCGUUGCAUCUCCGGUGACUACGACAUGGUGGCGCUCGAUCCAGUUCAUGCUUGAGCACACCGAUUCCCUGUUCGUCACUGUUCUCUACACCGAGACCUGUCCCUGGUGCCCAGGAACUUUCACACCAUGGAUUACACUCUGGAUGCACUGCCAUCUGCGCCGGAUUGAUUACCUGCCGACACCGCAGGCCCCAUACGUGACCGAGAGCAUGAGAGAAUACCUGCAGGCUCUAGACACAGGCACAAUGGCUGAUGUAUGCCAUCUUGUGUUGGAGCACGCCCGUCGGCUAUCAUCCCAACCGCGCAACGCCCCCUCCUACGCUAUCACGCUUCUGGAGGACGAAAAGACGAUGUCGUGUUCCACGGCGCUGGUGCAAUGUUUGCCGGUGAAGCUUGCCCGAGCCAUGGUCCUCGGAGUCGUAGCGGCCCAGACCAAAAUCGACGUCGAGGAUCCGCGCCUCAUCAUGCCGGACAUAUAA